CAUAUGCUGGAACACAAACAAAACUUCAGCUCCUGAAUGAAAUGAAAAAACAAAGAAGCUGGUCCAGGUCCAGCCCCUCUCUGCCUAUAUAUCCGGCCCGCGUCCCGCGCUUCUCCUCCAACACGCGCUCCCCAUUCUUCUUAUUAAUUCCCGCGUGCGCGGACGUACGGCAGCGAGCCUCUCCCGGACUCCGAUUCCUUCCUUCCUUCCGGCGGAGGUGUCGGCUCUCCUCUCCCCUCCCAGAGAGAGGAAACCCGGAGGAAGCAGAGACGGCCGGACAGAUGGAUUUUGGGGCAGAGCAGCACGGCUGCGAGCAUUACACGAGGAGGUGCAGGAUACGGGCGCCCUGCUGCGGCGAGGUCUUCGGCUGCCGGCAUUGCCACAACCAAGCUAAGAAUUCGCUGGAGGUGGACCUCCUCGACCGGCACGAGAUCCCCCGCCACGAAAUCAGCAAGGUUAUCUGCUCUCUCUGCAACAAAGAACAGGAUGUGCAACAGAACUGCUCCGGUUGCGGGGCAUGCAUGGGAAAAUACUUCUGUGAAAAAUGCAACUUCUUUGACGACGAUAUCUCAAAGAAGCAGUAUCACUGCGAUGGAUGCGGCAUCUGCAGAACUGGCGGCAUAGACAACUUCUUCCACUGCGAAAAAUGCGGGUGUUGCUACAGCAAUGUUUUGAAGGACUCUCAUCAUUGUGUGGAACGAGCAAUGCAUCACAACUGCCCUGUCUGCUUCGAGUACCUAUUUGACUCGACCAUGGACAUCAGCGUACUGCACUGCGGGCACACGAUCCAUUUGGAAUGCCUGAACGAGAUGAGGGUUCAUCACCACUUCUCGUGCCCGGUCUGCUCACGGUCGGCCUGCGACAUGACGGAUGCGUGGCAGAAGCUCGACCAGGAGGUCGCCGCCACGCCGAUGCCAGAGUUCUACCAGAAGAAGAUGGUAUGGAUCCUCUGCAACGACUGCGGGGCGACGUCGAGCGUGCGCUUCCACGUCCUGGCGCAAAAGUGUCCUGGGUGCAGCUCCUACAACACCAGGGAGACGAGGGGCGGCCCAGCUACAGCGGCGUGCUCCAGAGUCUGAGCGCCAGGAGGAGACGACAGUACAACAGACACUACUCACUCAUAGUCACAGCUGUGACACUACCAAGGAUCUGGUCAAGAUGAUGGGGGCAUUAGAGCUAGCUUGUAGGUUGAAGCUGCGAGUGCUUGCUGCAGUAGGAAGCACAGGAGAGUCACGCGUCUCCUCUUGCGAACAAGCCAGGAAUUGCUUGCCGUCGCCGACAGGGAGGCCACCGCGGUUGCUCAUCGCAAUUCGGAGAACAACAAAACUCGAUGCGCUUGCAUAAAUCCGGAGGAAUGAUUUACCGCUUGAUCAUCCCCUCUGAUAUGUAUGAGUUGUUGUGUGGUACAUGACCCUGUCUAGGGAGCUCCUGUAAGGCUAUGAAACAAUUACACACCAGAAAGAAAACUUGUUCUUCUUUCUGUUA